AUGGCGACAGCAAACCCCUCCCACGGCGCCUUCGCCGUCGAGGAACCCAACGGCGCGGAUCCCUUCGUCACGGGCUCGCACGAUGCCCAUAGGCAAAGAUAUGCCGCCUUCGACAACUCGUCGCUAUACGUGAGCGGCUCGCCCGCGCAAGCAGAGCGGGCACUGCAAGCCCAUCUCGCGGAAACGACACGCCGACUACAGGAGACGUCACAUUUGGGCAAUGCACUCGUUCAACAGAGGAAGGAGUUAGAGGAUCGGCUACGGGAGGUAGCAGAACAGAAACAGGCCAACGAUAUCGGUCCGGAGCUUCGCGAGAAACUGAUUGAGCUGGAGAAGGAAUUCAAUGAGGUCGGCAGGGAGACGGCUCGCGCGUUCUUGCCGAAGUCCAGGGUGCCAAGUGGAGAGGCGAACACGGCCACAGGUGCUUCCGAGUUCAUCAGCGAAGGACACCAGUCUCCGACAAAGAUCAGCAUUCCGUCCCGCAAGCAAAGAAAUCAGCAGCCCAGCCGGAUCAAUGACAUUGCUCUAGCUACCGAGAUCUCCACCUCGCUUCUUGCGCAGUUGAAAGACCUGCAAGCUGUACUGCUCGAGAAAGAUGAGGCCCUGAAGGCCGCCAAUCUGGACAGGUCACAGCUAGAGAUCGAGGUUGAAGGACUCUCGCAGCGCAUGCGGACUCUCGAUGAGAGCGAGUCCAGGCUCAAGGACGUGAAUUGGAACUUGGAAACCCAGCUGCGCGACUUUGAAACCCAGACCAAAGCAGCUACGGAUAGAGAGCAGCGCCUGAACCACACUCUCAACCUCGCUAGGUCUGAGAAGGCAACACUUGAGCGAGAGUUUGAAGAGCUGAAGCAGAUGUACUCGAAGAUUAACGACGACCAUCUUCUCAAGGUCAAACAACAUGAGACCGAACUCUCAGGCUUGCGACGAAAUGUCAGCAUGGGAGAGACGGAACGUGGAGCUCUUCAGCGCAAAAUGGAGGAGUUGGCUACACAGAAUCAUGAACUCGCACGAGCUGUCCAGCACCGCCUGCGUGCGGAAGAGCAAGGUUCUGCCGAAGACACCUCUCCGGAUGAGAAUCCAGACGGUGGCAACACCAUCACGCCUGAACACUCACCUCCUCCAUCGCCAAUCAAGCCUACCCCUCGUCAUGGACAACUCGAAUCUGAAACCCUCAAGCACUCUCUGCACCAUGCUCACCGUAUGAUCCAACAGCUCAAGAACAACAUCCAUCGCGAGAAGACCGAAAAAAUUGAGCUCAAGCGAAUGCUUCAGGAUGCCCGUGAUGAGCUUGAGUCCAACCGCAAUGCUCUACCUGGACCCGGCAGUGCUAGCAAGCGCAGGAAGAACGAUAAGGACGUUUUCAAAAAGCCUGCAAGACCUGACCGCCUCGGCGCCCUUCGACACGGAAGCCAAGAGAUUGUGGCCUUGGAUGACGAUGAGUGGGAAGAGCACGAUGGUGUACCUCCCACGCCAAGCAGAGCACCUCGACCAGUCGAGUCGGUGCCUGGCGCCUGGGGAGGCUUUAGUUCUGCUGCGGAGACCAGUGCUAACGAGGGCUUUGAGACGGCCAAUGAGACCUCUGAUGCCGCGUUCGAGACCGCUAACGAGCGUGAUGGAACCACGACAGAGACUGAUGCUUUCCAGACCGGAGCAGAGACGCUUGAUGGCGACAGCAGCGAUGAUCUUACAGAGACUGAGGCCGGGCCAGCCACGGGGACAAUCCGACAACGACCAUCAUCCCUGGCAAUGGCACAUCACGACUCAGAGAUGAGGACGCCUGUGCAGCCUCAAAGUUCUCGCUUCAGGAAGGUUCGCCAGGGUUCGAACCUGAGAGGCUCGCCUGCAAGAAGGAGCUUUGAUGAUGGUAGCGCCGCGGAAGGCACGCCAACUCGUUCCACCUUCAGGAGACCGCCAAUGGUUGAUUCUGGCAUGAUGACAGAGCCGUGGAGCCCACCUCCGGUGCAACAUACCGAGCCCCAAAGCGCAGUUCUCCCGUCUUUCACUAUGUCGGGUCUUGCAACGCAGGGCACAGAGCCACGAUCUGCACCGGUCCCUUCGCUGGAGCUGUCAACGUAUGCUACUCAAGACACGACGCCACACACGGUACCUGCUCCCUCCCUGGGCAUAUCACGUAUGCUCUCUCUUCUGUCUGAACAGAACACCGUUCCUCGCUUUAAUGCUCCCACUCCGUUGCAGGUGUCUUCUGUUUCCGCGCAAGAUACUACGCCCCAAUCGGCUCUCCCGCCCUCGCUCUACAUGUCUAACGUAUCGAGCCAAGGUACUGUGCCUCAGUCUCCUUCACCACCUUCGCUCUUCAUGUCUAAUGUGUCGGGCCACGGAACUGUGCCGGAGUCCCCUUCACCGCCAUCGCUCAAUAUGUCAUCAUUUGCGGUUCAAGGAACGGAACCAACGUCACCUGUCGUGGCACGAGCUGCUCCCGCGGUGUUCGUUGAGUCUCGCUCCUCGAGCGGAUCCCAUGAGAUCAGCUCAAGGGAGGCACAUGUAGAGGAGAAACCUCAAGUCCCAAUAGGCUUGUCAUCGCUAUCGAGCCAACACUCUAUUCCAACCGAAGCACCACAAUUACCUCCUUUGAGCUUGUCUGGACUGUUCUCUCAAGGCACCGUCCCAGUCGAGUCUCCGCGACCUGCGCCAUCGCAGCUGUCAACGGUUGCUGCUCAAACCACUGCUCCCCAAGAUGUACCUCCGACGGUGCCGAUGGCAUCGCGACCGCCGCCAUCAAGCAUCUCGUCCUUGUUCCAGCAACAUACGGAACCAGCUGCACCAGAGCGGAUGCCGUCUCAAUUCUCUUCGGUAUCACACCAAGUCACGGAACCCUCAGCAGCUGCGGCCUCCGCAUUAUCGCAACACUGGUCUCUGGCUACUGAACCGGUGCAAUUGCCGCAGCCAUCUCCGCCACAGUUGUCUGUCGUAACUCACCAGACGACUGCUCCUUAUGAGCCAGAACGCCGACUAUGGGAUGUCGGAGCGAUAGCCACUCAGCACACGGAGCCUGUCAACGCACGUGAAGUUGUUCUACCUGAGCAUCAGUUCUCAGACGUCACUAUACUGCACAACACACAGCCAGAGUCGCCAACGUUGCCCGAAUUCCUUCCAAGCCCAAGCAGACCAUCGACUGCCAAUCGCGUACCUCCCACGAUAUCGUUCUCGACUAUUGUGGCCAAUGAGACUGAACCAGAAAUUCCCUCAAGGCCGCAGACCGCUCAUCGCGCGAUUCCGAUACCAAUCAUCACUUCAUCCUCUGGAGCUCAGACCGAAAUUGCCCAAGAACAGCGGCCAAUCAGCAAGGACGGCCGCGUACCGUUGGGCCAGAUAUCGUCGAAUGUGCCCAGAGAGCGCAGUCUUGAGGAUGGCUACCCCUUCCCCAAGCAAUCACUUGGUGCAACUUCUGAUGAGGGGACCCAGACAAUGGUAUCUGCAGAGCAAAUAGAUAGGCUCCUCCUUGCACGCAGCCAGCGCUACUCUGGCACCAUUGCCGGGGCUGGCGUUGAGAAGGCCGUGUCACCGCCUGCAUCCCCUAGCAGGCGCAAUUCGAACGAAGUUGGUCGUGCUCCUCGACGCCCAGGAAGCUCCUCGAGCAUGCGCUCGCGCACUGGCACUCCUCCACCUCUCCCAGCAGAUCACAAGCAAGUCAUUGCCGCAGCUGCUCUGAAGUCGCCGCCACCGCUGUUGACUCCUACCACUCCGAACGCAACAGGCACCAUGGGGCCGCCCAUUAUGCCGGCCUCUGCGUACAAGAACCGACCAUCGACCCCGUCGAUCAGGACGAAAGCCAUCGCUACGAGCCCCAGAGCUGGCGCUACCACGCCACGGCCCAGGCAUAACUCACAGACCCGGAGCGGCGCUACUUCACCUGUCACCCGCCGAUCUUCAAUGUCAUCAUUCAGCUCUGAGAUCGAUCACCGUUUCAACAUACCUGCAGGCAUGACUUUCAGCCAGACUGGUCUGGAUCCGAGCAUGACAGACCCGCGCAUGAUCCAGGCCAUUACGCAGACCAUGUGUGGUGAGUUCCUUUGGAAAUACACAAGGAAGGCAGGACGCGAGACCAUGUCCGAGACCCGUCACCGUCGCUUCUUCUGGGUGCACCCGUACACACGCACCCUGUACUGGAGCGAGCAUGACCCCCAAACUGCCGGAAGAGCGCAGCUGAAGGCAAAGAGUGUGGCUAUAUCGGAGGUGCACGAAGUCUCAGACGAUAACCCUCUGCCUCCAGGUCUCCAUAUCAAGAGUUUGGUAGUCGUCUCACCUGGACGAACUAUUAAAUUUACGGCGACCACCAGCCAGCGCCACGAGACCUGGUUCAACGCGCUUCUCUAUCUGCUCAAGCGAACUGAGGAUGGUGACGAAGGUCAGCCUUCUGAGCCUAAUGAGAUACAGAGCGAGUUCAAUGGAGGAUAUAGGAGUUCCUCACGUCAAACGGGUCGCUCGCGAGCUUCUCAUGCGACAUACAACUCCCGACGCACUUCAUCUCCCUACCAUGCUGAGGUACCUACGCUCAGGCAGUCACACGUUACAAACCAAAGAUCGGCAUCAACGGAACCCGGGCAACAAAGCUCUGUUGGUGCCAGGUUCAGUACUAUGCUUCGCUCUAGCUCAGCCAUGCGGGGAUCGUUUUCGAGCAGAUUCAGCAAAGCAAGUGUACAAGAAGCUGUUCCGUACGAGGAGCCGAGCAAUUCAGCUGCAGACCUUAGUCGGGAGCUGGUCGAGUCGAAUCAGCGUGCCGCAGACCGCUUGGUGGACGUGAGAGCCUGCUGCGACGGCAAACAUCACGUCGGGCAGCUCCACGCUCAUUCGUUCAAAGGUCGACACGGCAGCUUCCACUCGAGGCCCUCGUUCAUUGGUUCCGUGAGCUCCCGUUCCCAGUCGCGAACAGAGUCACGCAAUGAGUCACGCAAUCAGACGGAGCUGGAAAGGCAGCACUCUUCUACGGGUUAA